CAUACGCUUUCGGAGUUCUGACGUCAUCAGUGUGCGUCGGCUCCAAACAACGCUCUCACUCGCUCAUCGCGUCGUGUGCGCCGUGUUUCUCGGCGGUCUGAGCCUGCUGCAGUUAAGUCGCAGUUAUUUUUUUGUAUGCGACGGGGUUUUAAUUUGUAGUUCACGUUAAUUUAUUUCAGCAUGGAGUCCGGAGAGGUCGCAGAGGGGGAGAAGUCCGGCUCUCUGUCGGCGGCGCAGAGGAGGGCAGAGAUCCGGAGGAGAAAGCUGCUCAUGAACUCCGAGGACAGGAUGAACAGGAUCGUGGGCUUCACCAAGAGCGAGGCGGAAAACAGCGCCGGAGCGCUCCUGCGUCCCUCAGAACCUCGCUUCCACCUGGAUCUCGACAGGACGGAGCCGUGGUCGUCCUCCUCAUCCUCCGCCCAGAGACCGUCUCCCUUCCUGCCAGAGGCCUCGAUGCUGGGCAGCCGCUCCCACGGUGCCACGCCGGAGAGGAGGGGCUCACCGCUGCCGGAUUCCAGCGAGCAACUUGGAGGCUCUCUGGAAGACGACAUCAUCCGACAGAGGCCGAGAGGGGAGCGGGCGCCAGACGACGUCGGCGGCUCCCCGCGCCGAGGCCUCCAGAAGUACCUGUCCCGAUUCGACGACGCCAUGAAACUGCGGGGUCAGCUGGCCAACGAGAAGCCGGCCCAGGAGGGGGGGUCUGAGGCGGAGGAGUUUGAUCCCUUCAGAAUCUUCAGGCUCAUCGGCAGCAUCCUCCUCGCUGUUUUCGUCAGGGGGUUUGUCUGCAAGUUUCUGUCAAUAUUUGCUCCGUUUCUGACCCUUGAACUGGCCUACAUGGGGCUGUCCAAAUACUUUCCAAAGGUGGAGAAGAAGGCUCAGACCACUGUGCUCACCGCCGCCCUGCUGCUGUCCGGCAUCCCCGCUGAGGUCAUCAACCGCUCCAUGGACACCUACCGGAGGAUGGGCGACGUCUUCGCCGACCUCUGCGUUUACUUCUUCACCUUCAUCCUCUCGCACGAGAUCCUGCUGCUCUUUGGCUCAGAGACCCCUGACGAAGCGGGAGCAUCUCUGUAAAAAGCCGGCCCCCUUUCUUGUCGUCCCCUCCCCUCUGUCUCCCAUAGCAACGAAGCACGGUCAUUAUCGUUGACAGUCUGCCAUCGAGUCCUUGCUGCCUUAUGAUCGGGGGUCGCGGUUCCAGGGUUCCACUAAUGCUAAGCUACAUGUGACGAGGGGGUCUACAGUUUUCUUUUUGUUUUUAUUUUACAGUUUUUACCUGAACUUGAGGUACAGAAAGACGGCAUGUGUUUGCUUGUCCGAGGAAAUGUAGAGUGGCAUCUAUCGUACCGAGUGAUAUUUAUUUGUCAGGUCUAGCAGAGAAAAUGGUAAAUGUCAAACUCCAGGAGUGAACGUCAGUACAGUUCAGCCUCAGACUGACAUCCACAGAUUGGGCAAUAUUUGGGAAACAUUAAAAAAAUUCUGAUAUUGCUGCAUAUGCAAAUGUAUGCAAAUUCACACAAAACAAUCAAACAAUUCAACACUGAUUGGACAUCCAAAUAAAAGGUUGUACAAUUUUCCCUUUUUAAGCUGUUCAUUUAAAAACUCCAAACUCCUCUAUAAAACUAAUUGUUUGUGUGGAAUCGUUAAGUUGAAGGGAGAUUAUGUUACUUUCAGUAAACAGCGGCCACUGUGGCCACAAGCCGCCAUUACAGGAGCAUGGUGACAGGCAGAAAUACAGCCUGGAUAGAUCAAUAAGUCAGCCAGUUGACUUAUAAAUGUCACUGCAAAGCCUCUAGUUGAAUUAAGUUGUUGCAUUUGUACUGUUGAUGAAGUCAGCUUAUAAGAAAAAUAAUGUUAUUUAUUCUUUAAAAAUGACAUAGUCUUGCUUUAAAUACCGGGUUAACUGAAAGCAGAUAGAGAGUAACAUCAAAGUAUCGCCCUGAUCUCCAAAGAUGAUGCAAUAGCGUGGCAGCUAAUAGGACGCAGACUCCUCAGCAGGUGUCUGACUUUGGAGGUAGCGGAUCUCCCGACUAGAUCUUCAGGCCGUAACCUUCACGAUAACUCUGAUGAUAACCUGAUAAGUAACAGCAACCUGUAUAUGGAAGUGAACUGACGACUACUUAAAUACUCGAUAACUAAACUAAGCAUCACUUUAUUUCUGCAUACAUGACAUCAUCGCCUCUACACCUCAAUCAGUCGACGACCUUGAGGCUUUGCCGUAACCAAUAGCAACCAUCGUGGAAGUCAAACAAACAGUUUACCUUUUAAACAAAAGUGUAAUUACUUAAUUAAUUAAGGUUUAGCGCCAUUUGAAAAAUGUGUCUUCUGAGAUUUAAUUCUGACUUUUCUUCUCAGGAUUCUGACUUAAAUCUUUGAUUAUUUUUCUCAUUCUUUUGUUAAUUCUGUGCUCCAAAGAUCUCACCUUUUUUUUAAAAUAUGGCCCUUUUCUUUGCCAUAUAUAACAUCGGCUAAAAAAGAAAAGUGGAGAAGUCUGGAUACAGGACGUACAGUAAAAGAAUUGAGGAAAAACGACACAUUUUU